AUGUUAAAUCCGUCCCCGGCGGCGAUCUUCUUUGAUGUUAAUUUAGAAGCCGACGAGAAGGUUGCUAGGAGAGGACCGGUGCUCGCUGCUCCUCCAUCCAUCUGGAAUGGCCACUUGCAAUCCUCGAUGGUAAUGAGCCUUCGAGGGACUGGAUCUACCUUCUCUAUUAGCAGUCUCUAUGUCUUCUAUCUCGCCCCGAAGGAGUCCUUGCACGAGGAAGGCUCAUCCUACAUCCCUUAUGUAGCGUGUAGCUAUCACUCUAAGAAUGUUGUGCUGAAUGGGAUAAUCUGCUAA